UUGCUAUAAAAAUGUUUUCUUAAUUACAAUUCCUCUGGGAAGCAACAGCCGCCAGUGAACAUAUACUCUCAAACGUCUAGGAGCAACCAGCCUCAAUAACAUAAGGAAGUUGGAAUCUAAUAUACUAAUGUAUUGUAUGGUUUUAUUUGUAACCCAUUUUCUACUCUCGUCAGUGGCAUCACAAAGCAUUCACCAAGGGCAAGCUUUCCACUGUCGACACCAUUUGAAAUAUAGGGAUGGUUUAUAUUGUAGGAUCAGACCAUGUCUCAGUGUGUCUCAGCCAUGAGCUAUUGAAUUGGUCAGAAAGGUUAAACUGAUACAAUUUAACAUCUCAAUAUAAGGUAGCCUAAUAUGUACUGACAUUGUGCGUGACAUUGUGUGUGAGUUUUAAGAACUGGGGUCAAGUAGUCGACCAGUCUAAACCAACUGCCAUGCAAAUAUGAGUCUAUGCUGUUGCUAUAGGAGCUGUGAGAGUGAGAACAUUGUGGUUAAUGCUUAUUAAAGGCAUCAAGAACAUCUUGUUUCAAUCCAAAUAUAGAGAAGACACUGCAUAAAGCCUUAAAGCAGUAGUGCUAUUGAGAUCGAUACAUGAUGUGGUCCGCAAUGACGAAACCGCAAAGGUCUUAAGGUCAAAUCGAUAAAUUCCCAAUGCUUAUAAAUUGUCUAUGAGGGGUCCAGGUCCAGAAAACAUAUGUUUUGGUGCAUCAUUGAUCAUUAUUGAUUAACAUGUAUUCAGGGAGUGUAUAUAACAAAAGAAAUAAGGAGUAAAUAAAGAUUUAUCUACAUCAGACCAUAGAUAAUGUGAGUGAUAGCAUUACCUUUGAUGGCGAUAGCAUUACCUUUGUUGGCGAUAGCAUGUUUUGCACCAAAUUGCAUGGCUGCAACACUCCACACCACAAGAAAGAAGGAGGCAUAUAGAGGAAACCACAUCCAUGCCAGCACUGCUGAGGUCAAACAGCACACUGCUCAAACACUGAGAAGAAGUGACAUGACAAUGUCUAUACACGGAUGACAGCUUGUUGACAGCUUUACUAAAAUGCUCACCCUUGCGAUGAUAACCUAAACAAUUCAUUGGAACAUUUCAGGGACUUCUGAGAGUCCGACUGAAGACGGUAUGAGCAGCAACAGCCCUGCCGUACCCAUGGUGACACUGCUCAUUGGGCCAAUUAUUUUGAUCACAGUGUCUGGAAACCUGCUGGUUAUAAUCACCAUCACCCGCACCCUGCACCUCCACACCACCACCAACGUUUUCAUUACAUCGCUGGCUUGUGCUGACCUCCUGGUGGGCUGCGUGGUGCAGCCUCUGGGGUCCUCCCUGGUGGUGACCGGUAACUGGCUCCUCAGUGCCACGGCCUGCGAGCUCUGGAUCUCCAUCGACGUGCUGUGCGUGACGGCCAGCACGGGCACGCUGUGCGCCAUCGCCGUGGACCGCUACGUGGCCGUCACCCGGCCCCUCAGACACCAGGUGCUGCUGGGGAAGCGGCGGGCGAGGACGAUGGUGUGCGUGGUGUGGGGCGUGGCCGCGCUCCUCUCCUUUGUACCCGUCAUGAGCCAAUCGUGGCGAGCUCGCGACGUCGAGGACGCCCUGCAGUGUUACCGGGAGCCCGCUUGCUGUGAUUUCAUAACCAACGCGACCUAUGCCAUCAUCUCCUCCGCGGUAUCCUUCUAUGUUCCCCUCCUGGUUAUGGUUUUCGUCUACGGUCGAGUGUUCCUCAUCGCCACUCAACAGGUUGGAAUGAUCAACAGGAACAGGCUACGCUUCCACAGUGAUAGCGACGUGGAAUCUUCAGCUGGGGAUGGUGUCGUGCACCUCAACCCAAUGACAGGAAGUCGAAGGCCUACAAGACCCACAAUCCUCAAGGAACACAAAGCUCUCAAGACGUUGGGGAUCAUCAUUGGAACGUUCACUUUGUGUUGGCUCCCCUUCUUUGUGUCCAACGUCGUCAAAGUGUUUAAGCCUGGCGUACCGCGCAAGGAGCUCUUCCUGUUCUUCAACUGGCUGGGAUACGUGAACUCGGGCCUGAACCCCAUCAUCUACUGCCGCAGUCGUGAGUUCCGCGCCGCCUUCCGGUCCCUUUUGGGUUGCCCCUGGCUCUCAAGAGUCGGUCUCCGCCGCCUGUUGAAGAGCUCGCAGAAGGCCCCCAGCCAGACUGGCCCCACUCCCACCUUGGCGGAGGGCCCGGGCCUGGAGUUGCCUCCAGGAGAAAUAGAUCCCGUUGAUCCAGAGGCAGUCGGAAUCGCACCUGUAUAAUUGUUUUUAUAUUGGCGUCAGUACAACUUUGCUUUAGGGCUGUGACAAUGUAUUUGUUGCCACUGUUAGUGGUGGGAAGUUGAUGACUGAUUUUUCACUUCCUUUGAUCGAUACCAGCGUGAGAGGUUGGUGCAGGAUGCAGCAUGAACACUGAGAAAGCGGAAGAGAUCAACUUCCCACGCUUCAGUUUUGGUUGGUUUGUUUUUGGCAUGUAAAUAGCGUGUGGGUGUAUCGAUGGGGAAGUAAUGCUAGUCUAGUUUAAUUAAUAAAAGGCAUCAUUAAAUUCAUAAAAGUGUUUCGAAUGUUUUCAUUUGUUCGUUUUUCCUCAGUUGAGCUUUUAGUAUGAGUUAUGUGUAUAAGCAACGUGUAUUUGUAUCUUCUAAGUCUCUGUGUCUCUGAAAGUGACAGUUUGUACACGUUCACAAACUCAGGGCACAAGAUCAAAGAUUACUGAUAGCUGUUAGUUGUCUAGGAAAUACUGGAUGCUAAAUUUUGCAUAUGAAAAUCUGAACGUGUCAGGGGGAAAGAAUGUCGAACUUGUUUGUGUCAUCUUGACCUAAGGAUGCAAGGAUGUGACAGGUGUUGAUAGCUACAUGGACUGUUUCAGAGUCGGAUGUUUGAUCUGUCCUGACAGCACAGACCUGCUCUGGCUAGACAGCCAAAACAGAUUACACCUGGAUAUGUGGAAGGACUAAGCAUCUGUUGCUAUUGCUAUUCCCUGCAGACUUGUCUUGCUGGUCGGAUGUCUUGGAAACAAAUAUUAUUUCAAUAGAAAAUGUGUAUCCUCUGGGAAAAUUGCAUAUUAAGUGGCACAUUUUAAAGGCAAAUGUAUUAUUGCCUCCAUUCAUUGAUAAUGCAUAUCAUGAAGUAUCCAAGGGUUUGUUUUUCAUAAUCAUCGUUCAGAAAUGUCUUUCCGUUUUACAUCAACUUUGGCAAUUUAAAAGCUCAUCACCUGGUUGUUGCACAAAUAUUUUUAGGUUGACUGCUUCCCAAGUACCAAAGCAAUAUGAGAAAUAUUUUUCUAAUUUUCAUUGUCUUAAUGUGACAAUCAUCAUGCUUAGAUCAUAAGCAUUCAAAUAAAUGAUUUUGGUAGUGGGAUUGCAAGUUCAUUUAAAUGUGCAAGGAUGCUGUUGGAAUUUAAAUCCAUCCUAUCUUUUCACAGUAUGGUUGGAUAAUGCUUUUUAUAAAUGUUUUACAUGGAUACCAUGGAGAUGUAGAGAUUUUUCAAUUCCCCAAAACCCAGCUUAUCUUUUUUUAAAUAAGACAUUAAAGAAUCAAAAGAAAGACGAAGAUGGAACAGAUUCCUGGCCAAGAAACAAACUGCAUAGAGGAGCUACAGGGAGUACAUCACGUACUUUAUGUCUUCACCAUCAGAUCUUCCGAGUCAGUUUACGACUGUGUACGAUAUAAACUCUUCAGUUGAAAUCGAACCUUCUAUUCAAACCUCAGCUGGACUGUUUACAGUCACGUCAAGUUCGAUUUCAUGCAUGUUGUUAGACGUUCCAUGUUGUGACUUUCAUGUGAAACACAUGACACACAUAUGCAUGUAAACAGA